GAGCCUGAGUGUGCGCGGACCUUCCACACGAUACACGCCGCCAGUGGACUUUACACUCUGACACUUUUGCCACUUUUUUUUUUAAUCUCGAUUCUUUUGCUUCUACUGUUUGGAUUUUGAUUUUUGGAACUUUUCUUUUUUUUUUUCCAUUUAUUUAUAUUUAUAUAUAUAUAUAUAUAUAUAUUUUAUUUUUAUUUUUUUAUUUUUUUGAGGAGGAGGAGGUUGCAGACAUGCCCCGGUGUACAGCAGUGCUACUUCUGCUGGUGGUGGCUUUAUAUGUCCUUCAUGCAGAAGCCUACAAGUGCCGGUGCACCAGGAAAGGACCGAAGAUCCGCUACAAGGACGUGCAGAAGCUGGAGCUCAAACCCAAACACCCAUUUUGCCAGGAAAAGAUGAUAUUCGUAACCAUGGAGAACGUGGCUCGCUUCAAGGGUCAGGAGUACUGUCUGCACCCCAAACUCCAGAGCACCAAGAACCUGGUCAAGUGGUUCCACAUCUGGAAGGACAAGCACAGGGUUUACGAAGCUUAAAACCGUCACAUCUUGUCAUCACAAGAAGAAGAAAACAUAAAACAUCUAAAUAAAAGGCAACAACCACAACCACCAGGACUGUUUAUGAUGUCGCAAAUAUCUGCAGGGCAUCCUCCUCCUCUUCUGUGGAAGCCAUCAAGAGAUACACUUAAUAAUAAUUACCUUGCUUUUUUAAUGUUGACUUGCUGUUGUUGUUGAUGACGCCACACAAAUAUACAUGCAAAUAUGUACAGCAUGCAUAGCUCCUGUUUUGUAUGCAUUCCAAUGUAAAGUGCAUUUUAUAAACAUUGUCGCCUAUUAGCAACUUUAUAGCGUCAUUGUGUGUAAAAUGGCAGCAUUGUAAGUUGUUUUGAUAUGUCAUUUGAAAGUUUUUUGUUUUUUUUGACAAACACACCGUUCAACAUUCCAUUGUGUGUAUACAAAAUAAUAAGCAAAGCAAUAAAGUGUCCAUAAAGA